AUGUCUGCCGACUUCUGGGCCGGAUACAUCAGUGGAGCAGCCGGAAUUCUAAUAGGCAACCCGCUGGACCUCUUGAAGGUGAGAUUGCAAGCCGGAACACCAUCCCUAACUUCAACACCCACGAGCUACACCUCCCAAUUCUCCUCAGCAGGAAGCUUGAUCCGUGGAGCCACUGCCCCCAUCCUCGGUUACGGAGCACUCAAUGCCCUCCUCUUCGUUACUUACAACCGGACCUCUACGCUUCUGAACUCAAGUACAAAAGGCGCGCCACCCAACCUCUGGACAACCUGGCUAGCAGGUGCAAUCGGCGGUCUUGCAACCUGGGUCGUCAGCACUCCCACCGAACUCGUGAAAUGCCGAGCCCAGAUCUCAUCUUCUCCAACAGCUGCAUCAAGCUGGGGCAUCACCAAGGAGAUUCUCCGGAGCAAAGGAAUCAGAGGGCUGUAUUUCGGUGGUGUGGUCACUGCGUUGAGGGAUAGCAUCGGCUAUGGAUUUUACUUCUGGUCGUAUGAAUUGAGUACUCGGCUAAUGAUGUCGAGAAUGAGAGAACGGGGAAGCGACACCAAGGAAGCGGCGAAGGUCUUGCUCUGUGGUGGAUUUGCAGGCGUGGUGACCUGGGCUAGUAUUUUCCCUCUGGAUGUCAUCAAGACGCGGGUCCAGACACAGAUUCUUGCAGAUAGUGCGAGUUCGCCGUUACUUGGGGCUGCAGUGGUUGCGGAGGGUGCUGAGAGAAGGAGACUUGGAGCGGUGGAGGUUGCGAGGAAUGCGUAUAGAAGUGAAGGUCCAGGUGUGUUUUUCAGAGGCCUGACGGUGUGUAGUAUUAGGGCUUUCAUUGUGAAUGCUGCGCAAUGGGCUGUGUAUGAGUGGAUUAUGAACGAAUUAGAUCCCGGGAGGAAGAUUAGAGGAUAA